AUGAACUGCUUUCCUUCUGCACCCAGUCCGCUGGUCGACAACUUCGUGGGUCUCGUUCAUCCGCUUGCUCCUGCCGGUCGUCAAUACACGGACGUUGUAGACACGAUGCUGCCAAGCCCAUACUUCCUGACACAACACACCGCCAGCUUUUCGUUGGGUUCGCUCGUCGACGAAUUCAGAGCCAAACGGGAGGCGUCUGGUGCACUGCUCUACCUCACUGGCACGACUGCCGAUAGACGGAUGCAGCUAUCGAUCGGUGAGAAGACGUCCUCGGCUUCGAGUUCAGUCGCUGACAACAGUCUCGAUCAAGGCAUCAAACCUUACGACCGAAGACGCGCUGAGCAGCAUGACGCUCGUCGACGGGAGCAAUGCCGAGCGAACCAGGCUCGUUACCGUGACAAGCAGCGACAUGCGCAGCUGAUGCUCGAGAAGAGUGUCGGGCAGCUGAAGAACGAGCUCGUCACGUUGAAACGACAGGUUCGAGAUAUGUCGUCGCGCAAGAGGAGUCACCAGAGUCCGUGGUCGAUCACGACCGAAGUCUUUCGACUCAUCGAGGCUAGUUUCUGCUCUCCGUGGCGGAUGACCAGCACUCGAGAGAUGAAAAGGUACACCGAGACUCGGCACAUCAUCGCUGUGUUGGAGCAACCGUUUGCACACGACGUGGCAAUGGGGGACUUGCAAGGACUUGACGAGUUGCUGGAGCAGCUACGACUGUACUCGCAUAACUUUGGUACUCCGAGUCUACAGCUGCAACGGAUCGAGGCUGUGACUCCUAUUGUCAUGGCUGCUCAAGCGACACUGAGCGUGACAAUAACCAAGCUCACGCUGCGCCACGUUUUCCCGCACUUGGUUGACGUGUCAGGUCAAGAUCGAGUCCAAGGCGACCGCAAUCGACUGUACCAGCGCCUUUUGGACCAGCGCCUCGAUUGUAGCUGCUCCGUGACUUUUCUCUUCGACGAAGACAGUGACCGCGUCGUGCGGUUUUCAACAAGUAUCGAGUUCAUACCGGCUUUGCUUCGGUUGUUAGGAGACCUACGAGACGUGUCGGACGUGCUUCAGCAUGCAAAGAUUUCGUUCGAGAGCGUCGUGGGCGACGUCGAAGGGGGAAGUGCAGGUAGUCUUAACCGUGAGAGCAACUGGUCCGUAUCGUAA